UUCUCUUCUAUGUCUACUUCCACGCGUACCCUUGCAUGCAACACUAUCAUCAUAGUCUAUGCUUCUUCAUAAGGCCAAACACUACUUAACAGUUUCAUCUCAUCACAAAUAUAUUAUCAGGUAUAUAGGUAUAUUACUAAUAAUUUGAUCGAAUAUGUCCUGCCCCCACCCAGUUGUUGCCGGAGAGCCCACUCAGACCUGUACUGCCCUCCUCGAAACUGCCACUGCCGCCAUCCAGGGUUUCGGCCCCAUCAAUCAAAUUCACCAGCACCUCUGCGCAUUCCACUACUAUGGCGAUGACAUGACAAGACAAGUAGAGGCGCACCACUUUUGCGCACACCAAAACGAAGAGAUGCGGCAGUGCCUGAUCUACGACAGCCCUGCCGCGGACGCUCGGCUUAUUGGUGUGGAGUACCUUGUGUCGGAGAAUCUGUUCAUGACGCUGCCAGACGAGGAGAAGCCAUUGUGGCACUCCCACGAGUAUGAGGUGAAGAGCGGGAUCCUGUUCAUGCCAGGGAUCCCUGGCCCCAUCCAGCGCAAGGACUUGGAAAAGGUUGCCAAGACUUAUGGCAAGACUUACCAUUUUUGGCAGGUCGACCGGGGUGAUGCUCUUCCUCUUGGCCUCCCUCAACUCAUGAUGUCCUUCACCGAAGAUGGCCAGCUUCAUGAUCACCUUGCCAAAGAUGUUCAAAAACGUUUCGGAGUUAACUAUGAGGAGGAGAGAGAGAAGAGGGCUUACAUGAAAGGACCUGAUCAUGGGAUACAUCCAAAAGCAAAUGGAGGAGGAAAAGGCCUGAAGACUGUUCUCAGAGAGACCGACUGUGGGCCUGCUCCAGGUCCACAUGUCCAUAAUACGACUGUUCCUAGGGUCUUCGUUUGAGUCUCCUGUCUCUGGUUACCUGUUACUACAUAUUAUACAUCUUCAUGAAGUACUUAUUAUAUGUAUUUUGGACAUAUUAAUGUGUGUAGUGAAUACAAUUUAUACAUAUAUAUGUAUAUUAAUAUGAUGUCUUUGUUAUGUAAAGCUCUUUCUGGAUGAAUCCAAGAUUUUCUAGUAUACUUGGUUUUGGUUCAAUAAAUCCUUUAAUCAUCUGUCGAUAGUUUUGCCUCUUCCUGGUCCUGAUAACAGAACAAUCAGUACCUUUUAGACCUUUUAGUAAUGGUUGUGAGUUGUGACGAAUUCAUCAUGCUGAUUAUGAACAUUUUACAAAGAAUGAAAGUGUAAGGGCAAUACCCAAAACGUUAGGGUGUAAUAAAAAGAAUGUAUUAGAGUUUUCCCAAAGUCUGAUCUACCAAAAAUCACCACAAGAACAAGUUCCAUCUUUAAAAUGGUGAAAUCUGCUCCCAUCUCUCACUAUGAUCUCUCUUUCAAACACUUUUGAGAUAAACUUGGUUACCUCAUGACAAUCCUCACAAACUCUUAAAUUUUUUACAACUCGUAUGCAUUCCCCAUCCGGAAUUACUAACAAUCCAAAAGCAAUCGCUAGCCUCUCACUGUGUUCUUUGAUCACAAUCUCUUUCUCUUCAUCUCCAAUGUCAUGCAGCACAGAAGAAAUGUUUGGUGAGUAACCGGCUUCUGCAAUUCGUGUACCUAUUGUUUCAAGCAUUUUAUGAAUUUCCAUAAAACGGUCAUGUUCUCUAUCACCGGCAACAAACUUGUGAACUCUCCCAUGUGCUUCUAUCAAGCUCCAACCAGUAGUUUUAUUAGUGUUUCUCUCAAUCAUCAAUCUCCUAACUCUAAUAACCUCUUCCCAUUUGUUUGACUUGGCAUAUAUUGUAGACAACUGCACAUAAUGCCCACUGUGGCUUGGAUCCAAUUUGAUUAACUUAUGACCAAUCUCUUCACCCAGCUCUGCAUAUCCAUAAAUCUUGCAAGCACCAAGCAAUGUUGCCCACAAUACAGGGUCUGGUGUCACUUGCAUCUUGUCAAUCAAUUCAACAGCUUCAUUUACGAAACCAGCUCGACCCAAGAGAUCAACCAUGCAUCCAUAAUGCUCCAUCUCUGGUUCAAUCCCAUAAUCCUGGGUCAUUAACUUAAAAUAAUGCCUUCCCUCCUUCACCAAACCAGCUCUGCUGCAGGCACUCAAAACCCCAAUGAAAGUAACAGUGGCUGGAGCGAAACCUUCAUUUAUGAAGAUUUCGAAGAGAGCAAUAGCUUCUUUGGCAAGUCCAUGCGUUGCCAAACCACAGAUCAUAACAUUCCACGUCCAAAUAUCUUUCUGGGGCAUGUUGUUAAACAAAAGUUUAGACUGCUCAAUGCAUCCACACUUUGCAUACAUGUCAAUUAACGAUGUCCCAAGGGGAGUAGUCAUAGGAAAUUUCAACGAUUUGGCAACCGAAUGAACUAAUUUCCCAUAUUCAAGCAAACCUAAUUGAGCUGCCGCUGAGAGAACCGACACUAACAUGGCCUCAUUUAUCCUCAAUCUUUUUUCCAUUACGUCUCUAAAAAGCUUCAAUGCUUGCUCUAGAAGCCCACUUUGUACAUAACCCGUUAUUAUGGUGCUCCAAGAGAUAACAUCUCUUUCAGGCAUUUCAUCGAACACUUCCUCCGCGAGAUCAAUUUUUCCAUCUCUCACAAAACACGCCAGCAUUGUAUUCCAAGUAACCAAAUCUCGGUUACUCAAGCUCUCCUCAAACACCUUUUUCGAACACUCUAAUCUAGAGCAAGCAGAAUAGAAGUUGAUCAAAGCAUUUCGAAUGAACAAAUCAUCAGCAAGACCGUAUUUCACAACGUGAGCAUGAACUUGGGCUCCUUCCUCCAUACCCAAAGCCUUGCUACAAGCUUGGAACAAAAAUGUAAAAGUAUGGUUAUUGGGUUUGGCAUGUUUUCGCAACAUGGAGGAGUACAAAACAAUAGAGUGACUGGGAGAAUCGCUCUUGGCAAAGCAACGUAUCAAGUUAUUGGUGGCGAAGACAGAAGGGUACUUGAAAUUUUGGUAAAUGGAGAGAGAAUAUCGAAGUGGGGGAGAAGGGGAAAGAGCGAGAGAAAGAAGGAGAUGAGCCAUGAGGUUGGCAUGGCCGACGAGGCCAGAAACGAUGAUGCGCGCAUGGGAUUGCUUGGUUCGGUUGACAGAUGGAAAUAUAGGGGUUGGAGUUGAAGGAGAAGAAUGACAUAUUAUUAGGUUGGAUGAAAGAGAGAGGACAGGUUUUGGGUUCGGUUUAUAAGAAAACAUACAGAAAAUCGCAUGGUCUAACCCUGGUGUGGUAUUGGUAAGACACUCUCGUUCCUGAGUUCAACGUAUCAAGUCUUGUGGUUGAGCAUUCUUCCAUGACCACCAGAGUACGAGCAGCAAAAGGGUCCAAUUUAAAUUAAAAAAGAUAAAGCGUGUGGGGGC